AGCUACAGGCAGGGCUGCCGAGUGUCCCAGAAAGUUCACUAGUCCAAAGUGUGGAGAUUGGCGCUUACGGUCGAGCUUCUGCCGCUCACAGCUGUCCAUCAGUUACGGUGGCACUAGGGUCUCCUCACCUACAAAAUAAGGGCGUGUUGGCCAGAUCUCUAAGGCUCCUUCAACACCGUUUCAGUUAAGGCUUCUAGACGGUUGGCUCACCCAAGAUAGAGGAAUUCCUGUUGGUUUUCAUUUUGCAGGCUCUAGUUCCUUGGAAAUGAGCAAUCGGGUACUAAAUUUUACCGGACUGGUUGGUAAGAGCAGCCUGAUCCAGAUGCGUUUGCUUUGAGAUUUCUGAGGUGUUUUAACCAUCCUGCUUGGACGAACAAAAGAAUUGUUGGUAACCACCCAAAUAACUGUAUACAGUUUUUUAAACAACCAACGUGGGUACAGAGUCGCAUGAUUCCAGGAGUGUGUGUGUGUGUGUGUGUGUGUGUGUGUGUGUAUCAUACGUCUGAUUGUGUAACAUCAGUACUUUGUAAUGAAGAUUUCUAGCCACACACUAAAGACUUUAAGGAAGCUAUGGGCUUGCUUCUUAGUCUUCUUUCUUCAUCACCUUGAGGUUUUCUUCUGUUUUAUAUAUAUUAUUUAUAGAAAUUCAGUCUCUAGCAUUUUCUAGAUACCACACAAGGAGCAUUUUCUUUACAGCAAAAACUACUUUUAGCUUUAACUACUGCUGUUUGUAUAGUUUUCUUCUGACCUCUACCUCUUAGUCUGCCCUGGAUUGAUUCCCUUAGUUUUCCCUCUUGUUGUACACCAAGUAACUACUCUCAGGGUUUCCAUUACAACUUCUUUUAAAAUAUUUUUUUCAGACUCAGGGUCACAAGUCAUUAGUAGAUCAGGAAAUUAAUUUGGAGGAACAUUUUAAAAAAUAUCAGAGUAGUAAGUGUAAGUGUUAUUUAAAUAUACUUCAAUUUUAGAAAAUGUAUGUGUGUAUGCUUACAUAGGUGUAUUUGGGUGUACAUGAAAAUGUAUUUUUUGCUCUGAGUCAGAGUGAAAAUGCCUGAAAACCAUUGCUUCAGAGGAUGGGGUCCAUGGCUUUUUGGUCCUAUAAGGGACCCCUUUGCAAUGUAACCACCAGAUAAUAACCACACUGUUUGCAUUUCUCUUUUUGGUCUUGGUGACCACCCUGGCUGGACUGGCUACGCUCCCCGGUUGACAAACACUGGCCAGUCUAGCAUCAUAGCCUGUACUUACCACUAUAUAUUUUUGGUCUGACCUACAUCCACAGCCUUUUCUGAUCUGUGAAGGUACUGUCAACACACUGGGAGGUAUUAUUUAUCUUCCUCCCAUGGUUUUGGGUGACAAAGAACCAUCCCUAGGGAAAAAUACUGCUAGGAAGUUUGCCCCUUAAGAAACAAUAAAGCUCUUUCUCAGUGUUCCCUUUCAAGCUUCCUUUUAGCCUCCCUGACUGACAGGAAUUAAAGCUGCACAUCUGCACACACCAAAGCUUUAUAAUAACCGAAAGACAGCCUACCAGCACUUUGGAAAUUUUCCAUGUUCUUUCUGUUCCAUGUGGGUAGUGGAACCUGAGAUUGGGGUGGGCAUUGGAGAGACUACAGAGCAGACUGUCUGUAACAGGGACAUCUAACAGGAUGCCGGCAGUCCGGUGAAAGGGAAUUGAACAGUAGCUGCAUAAUGAAAACGCUGAACUGUGUAGUGGGGUCAGUCAUUAAACACCAAGGCUCAACUGUACAGUUGAGCUUGUAUGUGGCGAAGGUUUGUGAUAAAGCUAGAAUGAGAGAGAAUAGAGAGUUGGAGUAAGUAAACUGGGAUAUAAGAAACUCCAAUAUCAUCUUACAAAUAAAGUGGAGGUUUGUCUUUUGCUUGCAUAACAGCCCAGGGAGGGUACAAGGAGUCAUUCAGGCAUUCAGGCUAAGGGCUAGAUGACCCCUCUCCCAAGAUCUCUCAGUGAAGACACAUGCCUGAAACAGCUCACGGACCUCGCCCAGAGUGGCUCCCAUCACACCAGCUCAGGUUCUUUUAACUGGAAUUUAAUCACAUGCUACAGCUAACAGGGAGCUUGGGGAGUACAGUUGAUCUGGGCAGCCAUGUAUACCGAGGAAGGCUUUGCUGACCAGCUCACAGGCUUUUUCCUAGGAAUUCAGAGUCACCCAGUUCCUAGUGUUUAUCAAAUGUGCUAUCAGAAGCUUUAGAUAUACUGUCUCAACACUAGGUGUGGCAGGUCAUGCCAUUUUAAUUCCACAGAAAAGCAAACUGAGGCCCCCAAAAUUUAAGUAAUAGUUAAGCAAAUCAUAAACAUCUUCUUCCUCAAUAUGACAACCAUUAAUUAUUUACUAUGUUUCAGAUGCUUUUAAUGCACCAAAACAUGGUCUUUAAUUGGUUUAUUGUGAUAGGCAGAAUAGACCUCCCCCCCCUAGAUGUCCCAGACCCGAAUGCCUGGGAUGUGUGAAUAUGUUAUGUUACAUGGCCAAAGAGAAUGGGCAGAUGUAAUUAAGAUUCAGGACCUUAAAAUAAGGAGGUUAUUCUGGAUUAUCUAAGUGGGAUGAAUAUAAUUGCAUGAUCCCUUAAAAGCUGAGAAUUUUCUCUGGCUGGAGUCAGAGAGAGGUAGCGGAAGUGGAAGUCAGGGAUCUUUCAAGUCUGAGCAGGAGUUGAUGAGCUAUUGUUGGUCAUAAAGCACAGGGGCUCUGGGCAAGGACCUCAGAGGGGUCUCUAAGAACUAAGGGGCUGACAGCCAGCAUGGAAAUGAGGCCUUGUCCUAGAAACUGAAUUCUGCCAGCAAUCUGAUGGAGUUUGAAAGUGGCUUUUCCCCCAGAACCUCCAGAAGGAAGCAGUCUACUUGACGCUUUGAGUUCAGUCUUGGGAAACUCUGACAGAAAAAUCCAGGUCACCCUGGACUCUUUGACACACAGAAACUGUGAGAUAAUAAAUGGGGGUUGUUCGAAGCCACUAAGAAGUGUGUGGGUAUUUGGUACAGCAGCAGUAGAGAACUAAUGUGCUUCUCUAAAUCUUUGAAGGAAUACUAUGACAAAGGGGACUACAUUAUCAGAGAGGGCGAGGAAGGAAGUACCUUCUUCAUCUUAGCGAAAGGAAAGGUAAAAGUCACCCAGAGCACAGAGGGCCAUGAUCAGCCACAACUGAUAAAAACACUGCAGAAAGGAGAAUACUUUGGGGAAAAAGCUCUUAUCAGUGAGGAUGUCAGAUCAGCUAACAUUAUUGCUGAAGAAAACGAUGUGGCGUGCCUGGUUAUAGAUCGAGAAACAUUCAACCAGACAGUCGGGACUUUUGAAGAACUCCAGAAAUACCUUGAAGGGUAUGUGGCCAACCUGACCCGGGAUGAUGAGAAAAGACAUGCGAAGAGAUCCAUGUCUAACUGGAAGCUGUCCAAAGCACUCUCGCUGGAGAUGAUUCAGCUGAAGGAGAAGGUGGCCAGAUUCUCCUCCUCAUCCCCAUUCCAGAACCUUGAGAUUAUUGCAACACUGGGCGUUGGUGGGUUCGGAAGAGUUGAGCUUGUUAAGGUGAAGAAUGAGAAUGUGGCUUUUGCUAUGAAGUGUAUACGGAAGAAGCACAUAGUGGACACGAAGCAGCAGGAGCACGUCUACUCAGAGAAGAGGAUUCUGGAAGAGCUGUGUUCUCCCUUCAUCGUGAAAUUGUAUCGCACUUUCAAGGACACUAAGUAUGUAUACAUGCUUCUGGAGGCCUGCUUAGGUGGGGAGCUGUGGAGUAUAUUAAGGGACAGGGGCAGCUUCGAUGAAGCCACCUCCAAGUUCUGCGUCGCUUGCGUGACUGAAGCGUUUGACUACCUGCACCGACUAGGUAUCAUCUACAGAGACCUGAAGCCAGAAAACCUAAUUCUAGAUGCUGAGGGUUAUCUGAAGUUGGUUGACUUUGGAUUUGCUAAGAAAAUAGGAUCUGGACAGAAGACAUGGACAUUCUGCGGAACUCCAGAGUAUGUAGCUCCUGAAGUCAUUCUCAACAAAGGACAUGACUUCAGUGUGGAUUUUUGGUCUCUGGGGAUUCUAGUGUACGAGCUCCUAACGGGCAACCCUCCCUUUUCUGGGAUCGACCAGAUGAUGACCUACAAUUUGAUUCUCAAAGGAAUUGAAAAAAUGGAUUUUCCCAGAAAGAUCACAAGAAGACCUGAGGAUUUGAUUCGGAGGCUUUGCAGGCAAAAUCCAACAGAAAGACUUGGAAAUCUGAAGAAUGGAAUCAAUGACAUUAAGAAACACAGGUGGUUAAAUGGUUUUAAUUGGGAGGGACUGAAAGCACGGAACCUUCCAUCACCUUUGCAGAGAGAGCUCAGUGGACCCACAGACCACAGCUACUUCGACAAGUAUCCUCCUGAAAAAGGAGUGCCUCCGGAUGAGCUGUCAGGCUGGGAUAAAGACUUUUGACCGAAGAAAAGAUGAUUAUUGUCUCUACAUCCGGAAGAGGACUCUAAGGACCAAUAAUCCAGCAGUGAUCGCUUCUCUCUUUGGAGUGUUAUGAUGUCUCUGGGGAGACCAUUAGGGAAGAGAAUUCCCUGCCCCUGAGCUGGGUGGACAGUGUGGAUAUGAAGGUGGUUCCAAGCUAUAAUGUCUCAUUUAGAUGCUCUGAAUUAUUCAUGUAUUCUAUUCUUUGCUCUUCUCAAAUGUUGGAGGCCAUUCUCUUCCCCUCUCAAUAGUCAGAACCAUUUUUGUUGAUGGGGCAUCAUUUUCUCUGCGUUUUAUUCCUCCAUCCCAAUCAUACUUGUCUCCUUUGAGUCCUAAUAAGGUUUAAAAAGUGUCUUGCCUUUGAGCAACUAAGUCACGCAAAUGGAAGGAAGAACACGGUUGAACUUUGGAAGACUUCUCCUGCUCUCAACAAUUCCAUGUAAGCAUUGUGGCAUCUUAAAGCCGUGGUCUGCAGAAACUUGCAUAGUCGAUAUAAGCUCUUGAUUUUGCCCUGUAUUCAACCCAGAAACAUAUUAACAUGCAUCUAAUACUAGUCUGGGGAAAGGUAAGUUUAAGUAUUAGUCAAUGGUGCCACUUCCGAGAAUAAAUGAGUUAUCUCACCCAGCCAGUAAUCAUAUUCCAAUGGAGAACUUUGAAAAAAUAAAGCAAAAAAUAUUUUUUGUUCUCCUGUGACCAGCUGUGAUACAUCAGAGACUUUCUGAAAGCCUUGCGAAAGGUAGUUAUAAUGUGGGGUCAAGUGAUGGGCCUUUGGUAGGGUUUUGUCUCAUAUAUUAAAUAUUUUCACAAUCAAAGUAGAAAACACGCAGGCACAAAAUUGUGAAGGCUUCUCUUUCCCAUUAAAUAUGGAGGAGAAUAACUUCUCAUAGGUAAGGUUGCUGAUUCUUCAAAACUGAGAUAUUUUGGCCAGUUCUGUGUUUGUUGCCAUUAAUAAAUCAAGAAUACAGAAUAACCACAGUUAAUUUUUAAUGAAAAUUUCAUUGGCUCAUGUUGAUGCCCUGUAAUCACUGUUGCAUCAAUAACUCUUUUUAAAGAGAUUUGAGUCACAAAUGUGUUUAUAAUUUUAGAUUUGUAAGGUAGGCAAGUCUCGGGGAAGUGAUGGGACUUCAGUAAAAGGGACAUCCAGCACAUGCCCUCGUGUCUCCUCACAAUCUUCCAGAUGAUGAAUAGACUAGUUUCAAUGGCACUGGAUACCAGCGUCGAAGAACUUCACUAGAGAAUGUUGUCAGGCAUCGACCGUGAACCCACCAAAUGGAUGGGAAGUAGACUUUUUCUGUAUCUUUUUGAUCUGGCAGAGUAAAAAUAGCAUCGAAGUUCCUGCAUUAUUCAAGCUUCUGGUUAUAUUUUCACAUACGAAUGUUCUAUGGGAAAAGCAACUUCUACCCACUCUCCACCCAUAUUUUCAGCAUUCCAAAACAUUCAGCUGUAUGCUUCCUGAAGAGUCAAAGCAGUUAAGUGAGGCCCAACCCAAGAGGGUGCAUCCUUAACAAAUUGAAUUUCCACAUUUAGAAAAUCCUUUUGCUGAACCAAAGAAUUUUUGUUUCCUGGAGUAGUAUUUUUAAAAGAUUAUGUACUGUACAUAGAUGAACCAUUUUUAAUAGGAUUAACAUAACCUGCUUAAUGAAUUUCUAAGAUUUUUAAAGAUUUUUAUUUGCAUUUGGUUUGUAAGCAUUGUAUGUUUUCCAUGUAUAUAUUUUUAAAUUACCCACCUAUAAAUGUAGAAAACUUAUGCAUUGGAUGGAUAUUAGAACUCUACAGUUAUAACAGCAAUGAUAUUCUCAGAGGAGAUCAAGAAUUGUAAUUCAAAAAAGACUUACAGAUAUACAAAUAAAAACCAACAUUGAGUACUACA